ACUGGACAAAAGCAUCAUUAAUGGUCUACCACAACCAGCGAUUUUUUUUUUAAACCUGGAAAGACAAUUAUUUACAAGAAACUUCUGCAAUGAGUUUCCUCUCAACACCUUUCACACACCUUUUUGUACCAGGUUCAAAGGGUACACAGAACCGUCUCUCUGCCAAUCACAGCUAACAAUAUAGUUAUAAAAACAUAAAAGCUGUUCUGUAGACCAGUAAACGUAGAUAACACAUUGGUUAACAGCAUCAGAUCGUCAGAUUAUUUGACUAUAACCUCAUUAGGAUCUGCAUGGAUUCAGCAUUGCUUUACUGUAGCUGUGAGAGGCUUGAAUCAGAAAAACAUGCUGUUCUUCUGCCUCCUCAUCUGGGGCCUGACCUCCAGCUCUCCCUGUGCUGCUGCACCCAGAAGAGACUACGCUGAUCCACAGUCAGUUUUACGCAGCUCCACAAAAAACAAACUGCUGCUGAUCUCCUUCGAUGGAUUUCGCUGGGACUACGAGCGUCAUAGUGCAACACCGAAUCUGGAUAAAAUGACGCAGGAUGGGGUGAAAGCAAAGUAUGUGACCCCUCCCUUCCUCACCAUCACCAGUCCAUCUCAUUUCACAAUGCUGACAGGGAGACACAUUGAAAACCACGGCGUGAUCCACAACAUGUGGUUCAACACCACUACUCAGGAGAAGAAGCAGUACUACAGUGCCCAGUUUGUUGAUUCCUACUGGGACAAUGGCAGUCUACCCAUCUGGAUAACAGCACAGAGAGAGGGUCUAAAAGCCGGCUCUUUGCAUUUUCCUGGCACGGCAGCAACAUAUGAAGGAGAAACUGUGAGUGUGAGACAGGUGGAAUCUGCCACCUACGACUACUCCAAUGAAACCGAGUGGAGACUGAACAUUGACAAGGUGAUUGGUGAUUGGUUCCUGAGACAAGACCUGGACUUUGUUUCCUUGUACUUUGGAGAGCCAGAUGGAGCGGGCCACAAGUACGGCCCAGAUUCACCAGAGGUGUGGGAGAUGAUCGAGCAAGUGGAUCGCACCAUAGGCUACAUCCGUGACCAGAUCGAAGAACACGGCCUCAGUGAGCGGCUCAAUGUGAUCAUCACCUCCGAUCACGGAAUGACCAAGAUGCUCCGUGAGGGAGAAGUCCAGAAGAUCAUCCUCUCAAAGAUCCCUGGGUUCAGCUUCAAAGACAUUCAGUUCCAGCUGUUGGAUUACGGUCCGCUUGGAAUGCUGCUCCCCAAAGAGGGGCAGCUGGAGAAGGUGUACCAGGCUCUGAAGAGAAGUCACCCAAACCUCCAUGUGUACAAGAAGGAGGAGGUGCCACCUAGACUGCACUACAGCAAUCAUCCCCGACUUUUACCCAUCAUUCUCAUAGCUGACGCUGGAUAUGCAGUGAAUGGGCUUCUGCCUUUGCACUACGUCAAAGGAGAGCACGGUUUUGACAACGAAAUCAUGGACAUGAAAGUCUUCUUCAGAGCCGUGGGGCCCGACUUCCAAAAGAACCUCCUGGUGGACCCCUUUGACCUGGUAGAUGUGUACCCACUGAUGUGCCACCUGCUGGGAAUAAAGCCAGAGGUUCAUGAUGGACACUUGGACAAAGUAAAAGACAUGUUGGUGUCCAGUACUGACACAAGAGGCGGAACUACAAAGAACAAUCAUAAGGUGGUCACUGGCCUGGCGGCAACAAUCGGGAGUCUUGCAGUGGUUUUCGUUAUUGCCACUUCUUACAUGAUAUGGAAAAGGAGAAAAUCAUAAAGAAAUGUCUCUAAUCUCAGAUUUAAAAAAAGAUUCAAUGUGAAACUAAAUGAAAAAAAAUAUUUUAGAUUUAAUUGGGAUGGGUGUUUUAUUUGAUUAACUUUUCAAUGUGACCUGGAAAAGAAUAAAUAUUGUGGCAUAGUCACAUUUACUGAUAGUCAACUUAAAAUACUACUGAAUACUAUUUGUAUUCCUAUUAAAAGCUAUGGACAAAUAAAGAGCAUUUCCAACUGUUUUUUUCUGCUUGAAUAAAAAAAAAACAAGGUCAAAUAUUAACACUCUGACCUGUCAACAAUCCUUCCUCAGUGAGGCGCUGAAGCUCUUUGUACAGUUUUACACAACCUGUUUUGCAAUAAGCAUGAAACCUUUACCCCCAUCAGCUCUAAAAUGACAUUUUGUUUUCUUGACUUUUUUGUUUUUCUGACUUUAAAGGUCAAGAACAUCACUAUGCUAAUGAACAUUACGUUUGUAAUUUAAAGAAGAAUAUCGAGGAGCUCAUAUAUGAUCUGCCAAUAGUAAAGAUACAGUAACAGCAGUAAUAUAUCAGCCACACCUUUGGACCAGACUCAACAGAGGUGCGAAGAUAUAAAGGCAAGUGCAUCGU